GACAGCUCCCCUUCAAGGAGGUCUGGGGAUGUAUGAGUCUCCUCUUUUCCCUCGUGCUCAUGAUGAAGACGGGGGAGGAAGGAGUGUCCCCACCACGCCUUUACAAGUGGCUGCACCAGUGACGGUCUUCACAGAGUCUCUACCCUCAGACAGUGGUGACAACAUGGCAUCCCAGUCAGUUCCCAUGGUAACCACCUCCACCGGGAUGGCUUCUGCUGCAGAUGAUGGAGAUGAAGUCUUCAUGGAGCAGGAAGGAGAGGGUCCUGGUAUUGAAUCCUCUUUGGAGAGCCAGACAGACAUGGAGUCAACAGGACAGCAGGGCGAUGAUUCAUCACUGCCUUCUACCAGCCAAGACCCUGACACCAGCAGUGGUACUCAGCGGCGCACAGUGAGCAGUCUGAUCAGCAGCCUGUCAGGCAGAGGAACCAGAGGAGGGAGAGUCGAGGCCAGGACCUUACUCACCCGCAGAGGUACGUUCUCUCGUGGAAGGGGAGGAGCCAUGGGCAGAGGGGGCAUCGCCUAAUGAAGAUGUCAGUAGUAGUAACUCAGUCAUUUCAUCCAAUAAUGAAAUGGAAAGACCAUGCUUAUUUACAGGAUUAUUUUUUAGGACAUCCAGUAUUCUCAAAUCUUCUGUCCUAUCAAAAUUCCAUUAAUCACACUAUAACAUAAGAGACAUGACAGCUCUGAAUGUGUGGGAUCCUUUUGAUUUGUACGGUCACAUUGUUUGUGAAAUCCAGAGUUUUUAGUUUUCUGUUGUAAUUUCUUUUUCAAAUGUAUUCAUGAGAGCAUUGUCAGUUUGUUAGUUUCUUUAUUUUGCUUUGUCUUUGUACUGUUAAUGCGCUUCUGGUAAUAAAGUUGAAUAAUAUGUAGCA